UCGCUUUUACAGAGAGUCAGAGAAAGAGAGAGAGAAAGAGAGAGAGAAGGAGAAAGAGAAAGAGAGAGAGAGACAUAGGGCACUGAAUAAAAGUGUCACAGUCAAGGCUAGGGAAUAGAGAGAGGGAGCAAGAGAGUGAGAGAAAAAGAGAGCGAGAGACAGUUAGAGAGAAAGUGAGAAAGCGAGGGUUUUUUUCCAUUUUCUCCUCAGCUGCCAGUUUUACUUUGCUGGUUGUUUAUUCCUUCGCCCCUGGAAAGCUACUUUGUCUGAGACGCUGAUAAGAAGCGACAGGCCGAGCUAGAGUGACCAUGGGUGCCCGCCUGGCCGAGUGUGUGGCUCUGCGGCUGCUGAUCCUCCUGGCCCUAGGAGUGAUGGAGCGGGGGGCUGAGGGAUGUACCUGCCAGCUCGCUCAUCCCCAGGAGCAUUUCUGUCAGUCUGAAAUAGUGAUCCGGGCCAAAAUAUCUGGAGAGAAGAUCAUCUCCCCGAGCAACAGUUCUUCACCAUACCAGAAGAUGAUCCAGUACGAAAUCAAGCUGAUAAAGAUGUUCAAAGGAUUUGAUAGACUGAAGGACAUUCAGUACGUCUACACGCCAGUCUUCUCCUCACUGUGUGGCGUUAAGCUGGAUGCAAGCAAUAAAGUUCAAUACCUGCUUUCAGGAAACAUGUGGAGUGAAGGAAAAGUCUCGAUCGGAUUGUGUGAUUUCAUCGAGCCUUGGGAUAACCUCUCGUUGGCUCAGAAAAAGAAUCUCAACUACAGAUACCAAAUGGGCUGUGACUGCACAAUUUCCACCUGCUACACUGCCCCCUGCUGUACAUCUUCUGUAAACGAGUGCUUGUGGACAGACUGGCUUCUGGACAACAAAUUGAGCAGAGAACAGGCCCGCCAGUACGCCUGCAUCAAACGCAGCGACGGCUCCUGCAGCUGGUACAGGGGCAGCGGCCCACCUGAUAAUGACUUCAUGGACGUGUCCGACCCAUGAGGACUGAUAAUGGGGACGGGGGUGGGAGGGAGGUGAGGCUGGUGAGGGCAACUUUCCUGAUUUUCUAUCAGUCUGUAGAUGUUCUAUCUGCUGUCAGUGCAUCUCUUAGUAAGGUGUCCGGUUGGACCUCCUGAAUGAAUGUAAGCUUGAUUCUUUGUAAUUCUGUUUCACUUUAAUGUUGUUUGUAAUCUUUAAAAUUCGAGGACGGUGGGAUGGCAGCUAUUGCAGCUGAAGUACUUUCUUUCUUGUUUGGAAAAAUGGAUCAUUUAUGUCUGUUCAACUUCUCAUAUUUUUUCUUAGAAGUGUUAAAUGUUUUUAAGACAUUUUAUCCAGAAGCUUUGUAUACUCUUUUGUUUUUAUGAGAAAUUAAAAUUAUGUGUCAGUAUGUAUGCAUAUUUAUAAAUGUUUUUAUUUCUUUUUUUGGUUAUUUUGUUUUUAUUUCUGUCCUAUAUGAAUGUAUAUAUUUGUAUGAUACUUAAAGAAUUCAAACAUGUCAUUUCUUCAUUUGAACACAUAAGUCCUUCACAGUGUAUGAAAAAAUCAUUGAGGAAUGGACAAAUAGAAAUGCUUCAUAAAGACAUUGAAUAUUUUUUUUACAUUCGCAGGACAUCCUUUUCCUGCAAAGUAGCUGUUUCAGAGAUAGAUUUCUUUCUUUGGACAGAGACAAUAUGAAUUAUUGGCAGUAUGUAUUUAGUAUAUACAAGUCAAAUUAUCCUCUUUCAGUUUAAAAUGAUUUCUAAGUGUAAAAGUCCAAAAAUCCCAAUUUCUAAACAAUUGUUUUUUUUUUUCGUCCAGACAAAAUGCUUGUUUUGUUAGACAUACUGUAUUUUGUUAUUAUUAUUUUGAGCCAUUUUAAUAUUGUUCUUGUGCCAAAAAGCUAAUACUUUGUUUUGCUUUAACAUAGAAGUGGUUGUUUUAAGUUUCUGUUUCUAAUAGCUAUAUAUACGCAAAAUGUCCUGGUAACACUUUAUUUAACAUCACAACUAUAUAUGUAUAAUUACAAUACAUCAUAUACUUAUAACACAACCCUCUAUAUUAUCCUGUUUAAAAUAUAUACUACAGUGUUCCCUUUUUUCACCAUUUGUCAACUCCAUAUUGUAUUUUGUAUGUAUGUUGUUAAGUAAAGUGUUACCAGUGUUUCUUUCUUAUAAAUGUGUAUUUCUUUUGCUAUGCAUAGGUAUCUAUUUUAUUGUACCAAAAAGUUUGAGUAAAGCCUAUCAAUUUGUGCUUCAUCACUGUUCAUCAGCGUCAUCACUGUUCGUAUUUUUGAAUAAACGAUACUGAUGAGAUGAAA